GUGAAAAGCGGGUGUUUUGUGACGUGCGUUAUAUAUAGGCAUUGUUUGUUCAGUUUGUCAGAUUCAAGAGAAUUUUGAUGAGCGACAACCUGUGAUGUGAUAUGUCUCUCACAUACUUCCAUUAGAAUUCCUUGAUAUUCAAACUUAUCAUAUUAAAGUGUUGUUCAAGAUUCCCUGAGACAAGAAUAUUCCAACUAUCCUAUUUAGUUAAUUUAUUCGAUUGUAAUUAAGUAAAACUAUGGGUUGUGCUUAAAGUUUGUUGAUUGUAAUUGCCCUUUACAAUAAAUUAAUUUCUUUGUAUGAAUUAGCCAAUUAAGAUUAUUUUUUAUAUAAAACUAUCAUCCUUUUGUUUGUAAGACAAGAGACUUUCGUUUGCUUAAAAAGUACCUUAGUUACUGUCGAUUAGCUGAACUUAGUCCUCAGUUCCGCCUAUAUCAACUGUCAGCAGAAGUUAGACGAACUAUGUUUGUGUCGCGGUUAGCACUUGUAUCAAAGGGAGUGCCCAAAAUUAUUCGUCUAUGUGGCAAGAAAUUUGCGUACAAAAUAAAUACAAAAGAACAACAAUGUUAUAAAACAUUAUUUUCCGAAACCUGGGAAUCAGUUUCUCAUCAGCUUUUUCCAAAUGCAGAAUCCUCAACAGUUUUAGAAGACAGAAAUGUAGAUGAUCUUCCUGUUCAGAGUUCCAAGAGUAAAACUACGAACUUUACAAGGACCCUUGAUCCAGAGGAUUUGAACAAAAUUUAUUCUGACGAAGAUCCAUCAUUGCCACCUUUGUCUAUUACAUGCUCAGGAUGCGGAUCACCGUUACAUAGUAAAGCUGCAGGAUAUCCAGGCUUCAUACCCUCGACCGAAUAUAAGAGCAUUAUGUCCAGUACGGCGCGAUCACUUUCUCGUUCUAAAUACCGAAAACCUGUUCUCACUCUUUGUGUACGUUGUAAUCUACUUCAUAAACACACUGAAGCGUCGAAAGAAACAAUAAAUGAGUCGUAUUUUCUGACUAAAGUAACCCAGGAAAUACAAAAAUGCGAAGAUGCGGUUGUAAUCAUUAUUGCCGAUGUGGUAAACCUUCCACAUUCUUUGAUUCCGGAAUUACAUACAGAAUUAAAGGGAAAAAGGUAUGUGCUCGUUGGUAACAAGGCUGACCAGUUACCAGGUGAUGGACCGCAUUUCAUAGAGAGGUGGUGUUCAGCGUUGUUGGAAGCGGCGAUUUCGAGGAGCAAAAUACCAGAAGAGAAUAUUAAUCACAUCUCCAUCAUUAGUGCAUUGACUGGUUAUGGUAUACCAGAACUAAUCGACUUCCUGUUAUCUAAACGUUUUCAUUGUAAAAGUCCAAUAUAUUUGAUAGGUUCUACAAAUGUCGGGAAGUCUAGUUUAUUCAAUCGUUUAUUAUUGUCAGAUUUAUGUAAAUCAGAAGCCAAAGAAUCUAUUCAUCGAGCUACAAUAUCUUCGUGGCCAGGUACUACAAUGGGCCUUUUAAGUUUUCCAUUAACCUUAAUGAAUUCAGCUAAACGUGGUCAGCGUAUACAAUCACGUUAUGAACAAUCAUAUCAAAAGACUAUACAAAAUAAAGAAUGCAGUUCAUCACAUGGUUUCCGAUAUUUGAAACCAAAAGAAAUUGUCUCUGGUAUUUGUGACAAACGGUCGGCGAACUAUUAUGCAGCAAAAAAGGCUCGUGAAACGCUGCCGGAUUUGUCUACUAUGCCAACAUACACAUGGAAACCUAAUGAAAAUUCAAAUUCCAACAAAUCUGGGAUUUGUGUUGGUAGUGAGUUUGGAUUAGAACAGUUGGCUUCUGAGUUAUUUCCUGGAGAUAUUUUCAUUGACAAAGCUUCUUGGGAUGGAGAUCAAAGUACUCGAUUACUAACAAAUAUAUUGAAUCCAAGAUAUUUUAAUGAUCAUGCAUGGUGUUAUGAUACUCCAGGUGUUUUUUGUAAAGACCAGAUUCUUAACUAUCUCUCAUCAAACUUAUUACAUUCUAUGACUAAUUACAAAUCAGAGGGAACUGGUAUUUUCCACUUACCGAAUGGUGUAAAUAAUAAAAUUUUAAUUCCUCGUACAUUCGUCAUGCGGCCAGGUUUGACACUUUUAAUGGGAUCACUUGGUCGUUUAGAUGUUUUGAAAGCUCCAAGUUCUGUUUAUUUUACCACUUUUUCUCAUCUUCCAAUCCAUAUUGUAUCUACAAAAGAAGUUGAUGAGUAUAAAAGUCGAUUUUUUAAAUUUCUUAUGCCCAAGAAUAAAAAUGAUUCUGUAAAUACUGAUAAUAAUUAUAAUAAUACAAGUGGACCUUGUGGUUUACUACCACCAAUGAAAUCGAAAAAUCUUGAUCCUAUUGAAACUGUACCUAAUUUAAAUCAGUCCAACAUAGAUGUUGUUUUAUCCGGAGCAGGAUGGAUCAGUGUAGCUGGUUUGUCAAAGACCAAUAAGAAAUUACUAGAUGAGAAAAAUUCAGAAGAAAUAUCUACUGAAAACAGUGUUGUUGAUGAUGAUAACGAUAAUAAUAAUGAUGAUGAAUUGUUUUGUGCUGAUAUCUUAUUAGAAGCAUGGACUCCUGGAGCUUUAGGUAUUUCAUUAAGAAAGCCUUUAAUUCCAUAUGCAAUUAAACGUCGUGGUCAUCGUUUAAAAUGGUUAAGAGAAUUCUCAGGUAUUCAAUGAUCUUUAUGGUUGUGAUUAGUUUUUCUGCUGAAUCUGUAAAAUAAAUAAAUAAACUUCUAUCACUCAG